AUGAUCAAAGAAAAAGGCUUCACGUUCGAUGUCGCGUACACAAGUGUGUUGAAACGUGCCAUUAAGACUCUCAACCACGUCUUGGAAGAAAAUGACUUGCAUUGGAUACCUGUCCACAAGUAAGUGAGAAUCCCUUGCUUUACUGAGGUUUUCAACAAGUUUAUCCGUUAAUGAAAGAGAUUGUUUUAAAGCGCUUUAUUCACAUCUAACUAGUAGCUGGAUGAUCAAUAUCCAGCAGCUCCGAUUCAGCUUAGUCUGCGGUUAAUUAUCUGACCGGCUGGCCAUGCAAGACCUGCGCGGUUUGUCCAUCCUUGCUGCCUCAUCUGACUAUUGCAGCCAACAACCCGCACACGGGACACUCAAAACUUACCUUAACUGUCCUCUUCCAGCUUCAUUCAGCAUACUCGAUAUGAACUUCUCAGAUGCUCCGCAGUUGGCUCAGCUGGGCAAGUCUUCUCAUCAGGCCAUGGGACGCCUGCGCAGCAUGCCGACACAUUCAGCCCAGUCUAGAACAACGCAAAAUUGGUACAGUACGUGCGUCAUUGAGGUCUUCAAAGCCAUUGACGAGAGCGGAUUGACGGCCAGGUUGUUCCUUAAGGGCACUGAAGGAAACAGUUGGUCGUGUAAUUAGCCAUGGACUAUCAGAGUAGCAUCAGCAGGAGUUCGCAGUGUACAAGUGCAAUGCUACCACGAAACUCGUUGCUUCUUAACACAAACGGCAGGAAUAUCAAAGGGCAGUAGGGUUAGAGAUAUGUUCCCGCUGUAUACUCUGACUGCUAUCAAGGACCCCGACCGAGCACACUUGCAGAAAUGACAUCGACGUCUUUAUAGGACACAGCUCCAACAUGAAUCUCUCGACCGGAGUACGCAUAGGGCAUUUUUUUUCAAGUCCAACGUUUCCAGCUCAUCGUGCUCGUGUUUCAUUAUACCUGCGUGACUGCCGACAUCUCUGACAGAUGCGGUUGUGAACAAUUCUUAAAGUCCAAUACCACGACAUGUCCUCUUCCAGAGCGAUAUUACUCGAUUGGUCACAGGGACAUUUGCCAAGUCAGCAGAGUGUUAAACGUCAACCAGGUCAACUUGCCCGUUCCGACACUAAAGAAUUUUGCAACCCUUAUUGUUUGCAGGACAUGGCGUCUUAACGAGCGUAUGUAUGGCGGUCUCCAGGGUCUGAACAAGUCAGAGACGGCCGCAAAACACGGUGAAGCUCAAGUUAAGAUAUGGCGGAGAGCGUACGAUAUCCCCCCACCGCCUCUCGACACAUCUGAUCCCCGCUAUCCUGGUCAUGAACCUAAAUAUGCGGUAAGUCCUCACAAUCCUUGUGUUCUUCUUUUCCGAACUGACUGGCAAGUCUGGAUCGUCCGUCCAGCAGUACCACACACAACCUGAACCUCACACAUACAUGGUUUCAUUUGAUGGGUCACUGGUCUCACAUGGGCAAGGGCGACAAGGUGCUGUUAAGCUAUGUCUGACGCAUAUCACACUUAUUCACGUCAGCAGUUAAGGAUCCGUGCAGGGUGAACACAGCUCGACUAGUGCACGCUAUUAGCCGAUGUGACCCUCGUUUCAACGUAAUAUAAUUGGCACAUCCAGUUUGCUAUGCGGAACGAAUGAAGUACACAUCAAACACGACCGGUUUACCACAGACGAUAGUGCUCUAUACAUAAUAUGCCGAGCUAGGACCUUGUAGAUUCAACUCUAGGCUCCCAGUUUCCUCAUUGUACAAUCCAGCGACGUAUUCCCUCAAAUCGAAGCCAGUAACACUCUUGCGCUACUUUUCUACCACUGUUAUCGGGCUAAUCGAGCCAACGUUGGACAUAUAAAUCAAAUAAAGCAAAUGUUCACCUCUCCCAGGUCUUUAUAGUCUGUGGGACUCCUUUAUUUCGGUGUUUACUCUUUGCAGCGUCUCAUUGAUGGACACGACUCAGUCUUUACUAACCGCAUAUAAAACAGGAACUAUCUGAGGCUGUUUAGCUUCGUCAUCUCGAUUUGGUCCAUUUCAUUACAGAUAAACAGCGACGUAAACGAGCGGAUUGUGUAAAGCAUGUUGAUCGGGAAAUUCAUUUAAAUCUUUUUGCCAAAUGCUAUGCUGAAUAUAAAAUAUGAUGUCCAUCCGUUGCCCUUUAGUUCGGAAAUGACAACUUUGCAUAUGCGGGUUUUCCUUUUUCUCCUCUGCUUUUCUGAUUAUGCCUCAUCGUUUCACUUUUAGAUGUUGGACAACUCAGUCAUUCCCGUUACCGAAUGUCUGAAAGACACAGUCGUGCGUGUACUUCCAUUCUGGUUUGAUGAGAUUGUUCCAGCUAUGAAGGUAUGCGUAUCACGGUGCUACUAUCCUUCUCAUCUACCGUUUCGUUUAAACUCGUAGUUCCGAGUUAAGUCAUUUGUUCGAAAAUUAUUUGUUUACUGCCGUCACAUGCUUCGAGUUUUCGGCGAUUGAAGCUUCGCAGGUUUGCACAAAUAUCGCUGGUUAAUAUGUAAAUGGGGGGUAGUGAUCUGUUUGACUGAUAGCCCAACACUUGGUUUCAGUAACAUAACAAAUAUAGACUUCAAUGUGGCGACACAGUAGGCACUUUUCCCACAGUUUGGUUGGCACGGUUGUAGUCAGGGAAACUUGUUGUUUAGGUGCUUAUUUGCUUUUUAUUCUGUCCCUAAAACGGGCCACGCGGUAGAUGCGCCCGACCAACACAGGGGACCUGAUGGGAGUCCGACAGGCGUUAUCAGGAAUACGCACUCACAACUAAUGCCAACAUUGAGGUGUGGUGGCAGGCUCAGUUGCCAGUUCACUCCGCGCCAUUUGGGAUGCCGGCCGCCUCCUAUUUGUGUUGCAUGAGAUCCUGCUAAUUGUCCGUAGUGGACCGUGGGGUGUGGUGGCUCACCUAGGUGCGCGUUUUCGCCGUGUCAGCCACCUGCAUACUCUCCCAUGUCCGGUCUUUUUGAAACCGAACCCAGAUUGGAUAAUAGGAAAAAGUGCGGUAGGCGCUACGCAAGUUUACUAUCACUAUAAACUAAUUCACGCGUAAAUCACCGUCCCUGCACUCAUACUGCUGUGAAGCGCUCGAAGGACAUCGUUGAAAUUGACGGUCGAACCGUCCUUUGCUUUCAUAAGGAUUUCAUCCAUUCGUACACACAAGACUGUCAAUGCACUCUAUUUUGCGCGGACAGAGGUCUUAUUCACGCGAUAAACAAUUAUUUUUCGAAAGUCAUACAAGAUCGUCUCUAGCUCUGCACGCUAUGGUGCUUAUUAGUCCUUGGUGCUGUAAAACGGGACACCUGUAAUUUUCUCCAAUCGCAGUUUCAUUGACCUUUUUUCCUCUGUUUUAGUCUGGCAGAAAAGUCCUCAUUACUGCCCACGGCAAUAGCCUCCGCGCUCUUAUCAAGUACCUGGACAAGAUUCCAGAUGACAAGAUUGUCGAACUGAAUAUUCCCACGGGUUAGUGUGGACUUCGCAUCGUAUUCAACCAUUCCUUAUUAAAAUGUCCUACUAUGUUUUAGAGAAAAUAAGUGUAAAUGCCAAUCUGUCAACAUAGUUCGAGGUGUUUUUAUUUGUUUUAGGCAUUCCGUUGGUGUAUGAGCUGGACGAAAACAUGCGACCCAUAAAGCAUUAUUAUCUUGCGGAUGAAGCUACCGUCGCCGCUGCCAUCAACAGUGUUGCCAACCAAGGGAAGGCGAAAUAG